GACCAGAAAGCGCGCUGAGAACAAGCAGCUCAUGUGUGUUUUCAAUGCUCCGGAGCUCACUCCGCCAGACUGCCUUGUGAGUUCAUAUACUUGUAAAAGUUAUAUCAGGAUAGGCAAACCCAUUUCUUCUCAAUAAUAAAGAUCAAUUUGAUGGAAGAUGCCAGAUGAUACAGUCCGCUCUGCAACUUACACUGUGCCCUGCGAGGACUAUGUCCAUGUAGUGGAGUUCAGUCCAUAUGACUGUGGCUCACCUGCAUCACUCCUGGCAUAUGGAGGAAACAAGUAUGUGGUCGUCGGUACUUGUCGUUUUAAGGAGGAAGACACAGAGGUGGAGGGUGUAGAGUUCAACUCGUUACAAGUGUUCAUGCAUGGAGUGCGCGUGGAUGCCAUCGCAUGGAGCCCUGAAACCCGUCUGGACAAGCUCCCUCCAGUCAUCAGGUUUUCCACUGCAGCAGCUGACAGAAAAAUCAGGCUGUGGACAUCUGAUCUCCAAAACAGUUGUGAUGUGAAGGUGAUGGAAGGCCACACCAGCUACAUCAAUCAUUUAGUGUUUGAACCUGCAGAAGGAAAGCAAAUAGCCUCUGUCAGCGAUGACCACACUUGCAGAGUUUGGGACCUUGAUGGUAAUGAAACCACCUCAUUCAGACUCCGUUCCCCUGGUGUAAGUGUCUGUUGGCACCCUGAAGACAACUGUAAGUUGAUGGUGGCAGAGAAGAAGGGCACAAUACGAUUUUAUGACCUUGUCACACAACACGCCAUUCUGUCACUGGACAGCGGGCAGGUGCCACUCAUGUCAGCUGACUGGUGUCUCACAAACACUAUAAAGGUUGGAGCUGUGGUGGCCAAUGAUUGGGUUAUCUGGGACAUUACACGGUCCAGUUAUCCACUCGAGAAAAGACCCGCACAUGUUGACAAGGCGAGACAUUUCAGGUGGUCAAGAGCAAAUGAGAAUCUUUUUGCUACCACAGGCUACCCGGGAAAAAUCAACAGUCAGUUAUUGGUGCAUCAUCUGGGCCAUCCACAGCCUGUCAUGGUUGGUUCAGCAUCUGUGGGGGCUGGACUGAGCUGGCACAGGACCCUACCUCUAUGUGUUAUUGGUGGGGAUCGAAAAUUGCUCUUCUGGAUGACGGAGAUGUAAAUUGGUUCGAAGUCAACUGGAGAGUCUUUCUGUUUUCCUUUUUCAAUAAAUAAAGUCAUAUUUUUCAUGCGC